AUGGCGGAGAAAGCUUUGGACAAAGAAGCCUUCUUCAAGGGGUUGGACCAGUUGGACCAUCUGACGGACGACUCGGAAGAUGAAGCUGAUAUCGAACUUGCUCAUCUCAUAACAUCCUGUCGAAAGAGAGACAAAAAGACAACGUCUCUUGUCGCACCCCGCCGGUCUUCUCCACCACGGCAACUCCUACGUACCACUUCAGCUCCUGAGUCUUCCAGCAACGGCGUCAUGAAAAGCCGAGGCAAAAUUCAGACGAAGAGGAUAAUCCCCCCUAGACCUAUUCCUGAAGAGCAACAAAUCUUCAAGGGCCUUGUUUUCUUCUUCUUCCCAAACAAUGAUGUCUCUCCCCUUCGGCGCCUUCGAAUCCAACGAGCGCAGGAAUACGGCGCUCUUUGGGCAAAGACUUGGGGAGACCAUAUCACUCAUGUGAUUGUUGAUAAAGGCUUGUUGUUCCAAGAUGUACUCAAACAUCUCAAGCUGCAGAAUUUUCCGCCCCACGUCGCUCUUAUUGAUGAAAGCUACCCUUCCGAAUGUAUCAAGUUCAAAUCAGUUCUAAGCACAACGCUGGUGCGAUUCCGCGUCAGCGGAGCCCUUGCUUCUGAUGUUGAAGAGGCUCCCGCAAAUGUGAUACCUUCGGUUGAUUCUUUGCCGUUGAAGCCGAGCGGGAAACAACAAAAAAUCACCCCUACGCCUUCCCAAGACUUGAAUCAAUGUGUUCAGAGCCAUGCAUCUCGACAGCCUGUCAUUGAGCGUUUGGGUGAAACACGCCAACACGAACCUCAGCCGGAAUCCAUAAGUCGCUCGCGAGAUGCGUUGGAUGAUAUGAUUGACGCGGCUAAAGCUGCGAAAGAUCUGCCUCUGAAUCCCCUGGAGUCUAGUUAUGGGGAAGCUUCUCUGGAGGCCUCCGAUACUGAAGCCUCUGAGGCAUCGGACACAGAAUCAGUGAAGCGAAAAGGAGCAGCAUCAUCGAAGGAAGACAGAGCGGUAGAAGCCUGGCAGCAAAAGUUUACAUGUAUGCAGAAACAUGACUUGAACUCCAAAUCCGACAAUCCGAACACUAGGACCAUUGGGGUCCUUCAGCAGAUGCUCGACUACUAUACCAGGACUUCUGAUCAUUGGCGUGUUCUCGCCUAUCGAAAGGCCAUCGCGGCUCUCCGGCGACAACCAAAGAAGAUUGCUACCCGAGCGCAGGCCCGUGCAGUUCCCGGUAUAGGGCCGCGCUUAGCAGACAAAGUUGAGGAAAUCGUGUUCACUAACCGCUUACGUCGUUUGGAGAAUGCAAACGAUACCGCUGAAGAUCUUGCACUUCAGGAGUUUUUGGGUGUAUACGGUGCCGGAAUCUCGCAGGCGUCUCGGUGGGUUGCUCAAGGCUACAGAUCGCUGGAAGACCUGAAGACCAAAGCGACAUUGACCAAAUCGCAGCGGGUUGGCGUGGACCACUACUACGAUUUCUCGCAACGAAUCCCGCGAAAAGAAGUCGAAGCACACGGAAGCAUCGUCCAAAAGGCGGUGCACAAGACGAAUCCUGGGAUGCAGGUCAUUAUCAGUGGAUCCUAUCGACGAGGGGCGUCCGAUUCGGGCGACAUCGAUUUACUCAUCACAAAGCCCGACGCUACCAUUGAGCAAAUCCGGACGAUGAUGAUUGAGGUCGUGAUUCCUCAGCUUUUCCAGGAGGGUUUCCUCCAGGUCAGUCUUGCCAGCACUUCCCGAAGCGAUGGGUCCAAAUGGCAUGGGGCAUCCAUGCUGCCUGGCAGCAAGAUUUGGCGCCGUAUCGAUCUUCUGUUCGUGCCUGGGUCAGAGAUCGGGGCUGCGCUGAUUUAUUUCACGGGAAAUGAUAUUUUCAAUCGUAGCAUGAGACUACUGGCGAGCAAGAAGGGGAUGCGGUUGAAUCAGCGCGGACUGUAUGCGGAUGUGCUGCGUGGAGAGCAACGGAAGAAGCUGAAUGAGGGACGCCUGCUGGAAGGACGCAAUGAGCGGCGAAUCUUUGACAUUCUCGGGGUUCCCUGGCGUCCUCCGGAGCAUCGCAUAUGCUGA